GUCAGUUGGCCCUGAGAAAGAACUAAGGGCGAUUGUUUCUGUUGCUACAAAUCCCUUUAGGAAAUAAGUUUUCGAGUUCGGUCAAUUUUAUUUGUGAUUUGAACGUCUUAUCAUCGUUUCGAGAUGUAAAAAAAAUGUUAAUUAAAUUAGUAAACAGAAUACUGACAAAGCAAAAGUCAAUAAUAAAAAACAACAGUGUCAUUUAGUUGCUUUUGACAUUUACUUCCAUAGCCAUAAUACCCGUUUACAGUACCUAUGAAAGCUUUAUUUACUUCUACAUAAGCUGUAGUCAAAAUUACGUUGUACCUACAUACAUGUCCUCCUUUUUUGUGAUGUGUUUUUAGUAAACAUUUUUUGAAGUGCAAAGAGCUGAGCUAAGCACAUUGUUUUCUAAUAAUACACAUUUGAUUAUACUUCUUAAGUGUGGUGUGUGCCUUCCAGGAGAAAUACCAUAAUAAUAAAUGCUCAAUGGCGCUAAUCAGGUGUUGUUUUGAACCUGUGGAACUUCCGGAAUUUUUUGAUACAUUUGCACAAAAAUGUACAGAUCCAGGCUGUUGCUGUGGGUGCUGCUCAGCACUUCGACCACGAUACAAACGGCUCGUCGACAACAUAUUCCCGGAAAAUCCAGAAGAUGGGUUGGUCAAAUCAAACAUGGAAAAGCUGACGUUUUAUUCGCUAAGCUCUCCAGAUAAAUUAGAUCGUAUUGGUGAAUAUCUGUACCAAAAAGCCACCAAGGACAUCAAUCGCAAAAGAUACAAGUUUGUUGAAAUUGCAAUGGAGGCUAUGGAUUUGCUUUUGGUGGCAUGUCAUGCACAAACCUUGAAUCUUUUUGUUGAGUCAUUCCUGCGAAUGGUGCAGAAGUUGCUGGAGGAUUCAAAUCCUAAUCUACAAAUUAUGGCUACAAACUCGUUUGUAAAGUUUGCAAAUAUUGAGGAGGAUACUCCUUCGUAUCAUCGCCGUUAUGACUUUUUUAUAUCUAAGUUCUCGUCAAUGUGCCAUGGAAAUCAUGACAACAUAGAACUUAGAGAUAGUAUCCGCUUGGCCGGAAUCAAAGGGCUACAAGGCGUCAUUCGAAAAACCGUAUCAGAUGACUUGGUGGAAAACAUCUGGGAAAAACAACAUAUGGAAAAAAUUGUACCGUCAUUGCUUUUUAAUAUGCAGUUUGGUGAUUUAACUCCAACAGAAGAUCAAACGGAUAUAACACCACCAGUGCUGGCGGAAGAAGUUUUAAGAGAAUUAGUGGGUCGAGCAUCGUUUGGACACAUUCGAUCAGUGCUAAAACCACUUUUAACUCAUUUGGAUCGUCAUGAGCUCUGGGUGCCAAAUACCUUUGCCAUCCAUACAUUCCGCAUCGUGAUGAUUUCGAUUCAGCCUCAGUACUCUUACACAGUUGUGGAGACUCUCAUGAAGCAUCUUGAUAAUAACUUCAAGUCCUCUCCACGUACUAGAACAUCUCUGGCUUUUGUGCUUUCCAAAAUUAUUGCUAUUGCAGCGGGUGAGAGUGUCGGACCGUCAGCUUUAGAUAUUAUAAACAAUCUUCUGACACAUCUAAGAACAAGUGUCAGCACAACCACCGAAAUCACUCCCGAAGAAUCGCAAUAUCAAGAAGCACUUAUCAAUGCACUCGGUGAGUUUGCCAAUCAUCAUCCGGAUUACCAAAAAAUCGAAAUUAUGCUUUUCAUCAUGAACACUGUGCCGGACUUGAGCAAGAAAAGCAAAGGAGAUCAAAUGUUGCAAAAUAUCUUGUUGAAGAGUUUGUUAAAAGUUGGAACUCAGUAUAGCACUGUUUCUUUCGAAAAGGCUUUCCCAGCAUCAUUCUUGCAGCCAUUACUGAAAAUGGCGCGGGCUCCACAUGAUCCGACUAGAAUUAUAGUUAUGCAGAUCUUCCAGGCUUUGCUAGAUCGUCAUCAAAAUCAAAUGGUAUUGAGUAGUGUUACGGUAAAACCGUACAAUGCCUUAUCGCAAGAGCCACCUUCACGAUCCGAUAUUAUUUUCACCCACAAAUACGGAGCUAAUAUUAUGCAAGCCUUGAUCGAAAGCAUGGCGUUGUCUGAUCGCAUUGAAGCAUUGGCUUCCAGCUACAACACUGCUGCACUUUUGAUUGUAGAAAUGGCAAGCAGCGAGACAGUACAAGAGUUUCUGUUAUUCAUCUUAGGAAUUCAACAAGUUACAGUAACGGCGGAAGAUUUGGAUAAUGUGCAUAAGUGCAACUUGCACGCUAUAUCAAUUUCCCUUCUCUGUCUCAUAGCCAGAGUUACCGGUAUAAACAAUCUCAUGGAGUACGCAGAAAAAAUUAUAGACGCCAGAAAAGAAGAAGCUACCCAUUUCUUACCACCGCUACUUGAUUCUAAAAAGCAGAGUGGCAAAGUUUACAAUAUAAACUUUCCGCAUUUAGCAAUUGAUAAAAUAGCACUGGCGGAAAAUCUACAAAAUGCUGGAAUGGAUUACAACCGAUUGCAAACAGGAAGUCCCUAUUCACUCAAUCAAAUUGACAACUCAGCCCAUAGACAUUCAUGGGUUGAGGCAGCUAGCAAUAUGCCCACAAGAAAUAGUUCUGCUGAUCUCGCUGCUUAUAAUAAUGAUGCCGAUAGUGUGAGUAGUUCACCGGGUGUUUCAAAGAAAACCCUUGCUCCAGAGUAUAACUUCGAAGCGAUGAAAAGAGCUUUGGCAGAGCCAUCAGAAGCUGUCAAAAAAGAACAACGUGAGAAGCAGCUCCAAAUUGGAAAAACAUUCCGGGAAUGUGACUUCAAUGAUCUUGUUAUGCGGACAGAGCCAAAGCAUGACGUCAUUUAGAACCGACUUAAUGAUCUUUUUAAUUCCCUUGCAAUUGAGCGGCAAAUCUCUCAGAGUGAUAUUAAAAAUCAACAGCAGCAACAGCCUCAAAAGCCAAUUUAUGAAAUAAGUUUCCCAGAAUUAUUCUACUACUAAUGCAUAGCAAAAUAAACAAAUUUUAAAAAACUGUUACAAAGUUAUUCGUUCAAGUAUUUAUAACAAUUUGUAUUCAAAGUAUAUUAUGUAUUUAUUUCUCACUCUUGUUGUUUUUAUUCUGUCUUUUUUUUUAACUAUUUUUGUUGUUGUUAUUUAACUCUGUAAUCGAAGAAGGUAUUUUAUAUAGCAUGUGACAGCAUUGAAUGCUAAACUAGGAAAAUAUGGAAAAUAAAAUUUAUCGUUAAAAUACGACUAACAAUCGUAUA